CGCCUCGAUUCCUCCUCCACAAGGAGCAUUUUUCUACGCCGCUGCUUCAUCGCGCGUCCAUGAUGUACCCUCCCAAUAAGCCGAAGCCAUCCCUGGCGUACGUUGCGGCGCAGCGCACAGCGAACCAGGCGCCGCAGCAGGAUUCGCUGGAAGACGCCCGCUCAAAGGCCCCCUUCUGGAUGCUCCAGUCGGUGCUCGGCUCAAGCGUGCCCGAUGAGAACUGUGAAGUCGAGCUCGACAUGGCCACGUGGCUAAAUGCAAAAAAACCAAAAGGCACGUACCUGUACAACAAUGUCGACUUUGUCCCCGUGCUCAAGCAGGUGGACCAGGCAAACGGCGGAAACCCUCCGCCUCCCGCCUUGGUUGGAGCGCCGGUUUUCGGCAAGUACAUUACGAUGGGCUCCGUCUUCGCGACCGCGAACAACGCGAGCGCAGCCAAUGCGCUCGAAGACCGAUUCUUCCUCGUCAAGGUGGAGGACGGCUCCUCAUAUUGCAUCGGGGGGGUGACCUUCGCCCCCGCCGGCUCGUACAUCCUCUCCUUCUCGGCCACCGAGCCGGGUGCGGGUGCGUUCGGGGAAGGGGUCGAGCAAGACGGCAUCUGCGGGUGCAUUGGGGAGGACGGCUGGGCGGCCGAAGAGCUGAAGCCGCUGGGAUGUGACGGGCCCAAGUACUGUGUCUACACGAACCAGCUGAAGGUGCACGCGAAGAUGUUCAACGGCAUCCCCGACCCCGAUGACCCCCCCGUUGACACCGUUGUGUCGAACCCGCUGAAGGGCCUGAAAAAGGUGCUCGAGGAGUGCCACUUCAAGGACGGCGGCAAGGAGAUCACGAUCGUGGGGUGGAGCCUCGGCGGCGCCCAGGCUCAGAUUGCUGCGGUCCGAAUCGCCGUCGAGUACAAAGCCAAGGUGCGGCUCAUCACUUUCGACUCCAUCAUGGCCUUCACGCCAGACUCGGCCGCGACGAUCGCUGGCACGUUGAUCGCCGACGACAAGGUCCUGCGCUACGACGACUUCCCGGAGCCGGGCAAGAUCAACGCGCAGCGGCGCGACUCAAGGACAUGCCGUUCGAGAGAGAGAGAUUGAGCACUCCCCCGCGAAUACUGAAUUUUGAGUAGGUGGGUGGAGAAUGACUCGCCGGCGUCGAUCGCCCCCUUCAAUUGCGCGAUGAUUGGAUGCUGCCCCUUCAGCCCACACAAGAUCAAGUACGCGGGCUGCUACCCCUUCAUGAGCAGAGUUGGCCACGGCCACAUCUCAAAGGCGCUGAUCCUGAGCGGCUACCACGCCGGAUUGCUGCCGUGCGGCGGAGGCACGCCUACCUGGACCAACCUCGGCUGCAUCCCAAAGAAUCUGUGCUUCCUGUGCGACUCCAACCCGACCUACCCAGACAAAUCGUUUUAUUCGAAGCCGCCGGUGUCGGACAACCGCAUGUACGUGACCAAGGCAGCAAACCUCUCGCGCUGCUUCGUAUGCGGGUACUGCUUCUGCGUCCCGCAGGCGGCCAAGAUCCACGGCAGUGGCGCCUUCCUGCUCUGGAUGCUCUACAAGGGGGCGUACCAGAACCAGGACGCGACCGAGGGCAUCUCGAUCUACCAGCCAAAGGUGGUGAUCCCGCCGGUCCCGGAGAUGGACCGCUCUUAGACGCGGACAGGGCUGCCCAGCAAGAGGGCAUGACGGGCGGGCGGGUAAUGCCGCCUUCCCACCUCUCCCACUCACCCGUUGCGUUGCGCCUUUUGGCCCUUGCAUGUAUUGUAGGCGCUCUCCCCCUCUCUCGCACGUCUCCCCUUUCUCCUCGCGUGAUCCGGUCUGCCGCCUCUCUCUUGAAGUCUCGCGUGUGUAUACGACCCAAGGGAGGGAUAGGGAAACGGCACGCUUCCGCCACCACACAGGGAUUUCCAUGAAGAAGUGGGAGUGCGGAGU